AAAUCCAUACUAAAGUCUGAAAAAUCAAUUUUAUUAAAAUAUAUUUUGCAAACCUAGAAAAUUAGUAAAUGCGAGGAAUUUGUCAUAUCUCAAAAAUUUCUCUCAUCCGCCGAUGCUAUCAACUAAUCUAGGCUUCAGAAAACAGAGUACGAGUGUCGUAACCACACAAAUCGCAUGAAAAGCUAGCGUACGCCAGCUGCUAGCUUAAUACCAACAAACAAACUGAAACUGGCGUCUAUCCUAAAUGUGUGCACGCAGACUGGACGGAAUCGCGCCUAUUGCUUAAGGGGAUCGGGUGUCGCUUACCUACGUCCCGGGCUGGCAGAGGUCAGCUCGGUGGGAGCGUGGCGGCGAUGGCGGCUGUGUCGACGAGGAGGCGGCGGCGGAAGCGAUGGUUUGGUGCGGGUGGCAGCGGCAAGCUAGAGGUAGCGAAGCGGAGGGGAAAAGGAGGUGACCACUCACACCUGUCGUGUUCAUGUACUCGUGUGCGUGUAGGAUGGAUCUCUCUGGAGCCGGAGGCCGGAGCGGUUUUCCUUGUGAUGUGACCUCCGCCGUGCGGUGGCGUGCCGCGGUCGGUAGAUGCGGGUGGGCUUCACCCAGCCCAGGAGGCAUCUCUGGACGAACGGGUGACGCGGCCCACACGUGCAUUGGGCCCGUUUGAGCUGCACCACCGGGAUCGUCAAGGCCAUCGGCGUCGCCGGCGCCGGCAACGACGUCAGCAAGGCCGGGAAGAAGGCCAUCGGUUACGGCGCCAACUUCGGCAACAACGUCCGAAGCCUGUAAUAGGAGGAUUCACUGCAUUGCAGAUCCUUGCCGGGUGCCUUGGUACAGCCGGGUGGAGCUAUGCACUCGUGAGCCUUGCCGAGAAAGACUUGGACAAGAAGUUGGCUAACUUAGAGGACAAGACCAAUGCCGAUCUGCGCCGGCACGUCGAUAGCAAGUUCUCUGAAGCAGAUCCGAGGCCAACCCAAUCGAAAGGCACGCGGAAAUUGAUCGACGACGCCAUGUCUUCGUUGGAGCAGACACGCAGGUCGAUCCAGGCCGAAGCCAAUCUGGCGCUGCUCCAGAUCCGCGGCAGCCACGACGAGCUCAACAGAGACAUCGCGGGGAUCAGCAGCAAGAUCUUAAGCUGCGAGCGGAGGUUAGGCUCCGUGCUGUCUCAGAUGAACUCGCAGGCGGCGAAUGGGGGGAUCUACGCCGAGUGCACUCGAGAAAUCGCCAAGCUAAGGCAGGAGGUUCGGGAUAUCGACCGGAAGGUGAACUCGCGGCCGGCGAACGACAAGAUGUCCACCGACUGCACCCAAGAAAUCGCCAAGCUAAGGCGGGAGGUCCGGGACAUCGACUGGAAGCAGUUGAACUCGCGGGCGGCGAACGAGGGGGUCUCCGCCGAGUGCACUCGGGAAUCGCGAAGCUAAAGCAGCAGGUUCGGGACAUCGACCGGAAGGUGAGCGAGGGGAAAAAGAACUCCGCCGGGUGCAGCUGCAGCCAAGACAUCGCGAAGCUGAGGCAGGACCUCGGGAACACGGACCGGAAGCUGAACGCGGGGCUGUUCCAGACGAACUCGCGCGCGGCCGUGGGCAGCGACGAAGUUGCCCAGUUGCGCCAGGAGGUUCGGGACAGCAGCCGGAGGACGACUAGGCUUCAAGAGACCGUGGAGGCGUGGAUCGGCUCGUGGCAGACAGUAGGAAUCCUCGGUCGGAUACUGGUGCUGGAGGAUUGGGUGGGCUGAGUGCGAAGAAAGACAAGCAAGAUUGAGUGCUUCGCUGAAGCGUGCGGGUGCCUCCUUCAGAAUUUGGGAUGGUGACAGUAGGUGCCGCUGGAGCUUAUCUGUAAACUCAGAGUGGUCAGUCUAGAUUAGUGGGGAUGAAAGCGUCCCGUAGAAGUCUGGCUUCUAGUGUAACUUCUUAAUCCUUUAAUCAAAAUUUCUGAAAAUGUCGUGAAAUUCG